CAUCUCUCAAUUUUUAUAUCUUUUUCUCCCUAUAUAUACUCUCUCUAGAUAUUCUCAACCUCAUUUACCUUACAAAUCAUCCAUUUUGAGCUCUUUCUUCUCUGAUGGCUCUUCAACCUGCUUCUCUGGUUUCCCCUGCUCUUUCUCUGCCCAAAGAGGGGAAGUCUACUGUUUGCUUGAAGGAUUCUAGUUUCUUUGGAAUUUCAUUCUCAGACCAUCUCAAAUCUGAAUUCAGUUCAUCUGCAUUGAGGUGUAAGAGAGAAUUCAACCACCAUGUUGGUGCCAUUAGGGCUCAGACAACUGCUACCACAACUCCAGCAGUUAACAAAGCUGCUCCAGAUGGGAAGAAAACUCUUAGAAAGGGCAGUGUUGUGAUAACUGGAGCUUCUUCUGGUUUGGGUCUGGCCACAGCCAAGGCUCUGGCUGAAACUGGAAAAUGGCAUGUCAUUAUGGCUUGCAGAGACUUUCUCAAGGCUGAAAGAGCUGCCAAAUCUGCUGGCAUUACCAAGGAAAACUACACCGUUAUGCAUUUGGACCUCGCUUCGCUCGACAGCGUUCGACAGUUUGUUGACAACUUCAGGCAGUCAGGCAGGCCACUUGAUGUGUUGGUGUGCAAUGCUGCUGUUUAUCUCCCAACUGCUAAAGAGCCUACCUUCACUGCUGAAGGUUUUGAACUUAGUGUUGGGACUAACCAUCUUGGUCACUUCCUCCUCUCCCGUUUGUUGUUAGAGGAUUUGCAGAAAUCUGAUUACCCCUCAAAGCGGCUCAUCAUCGUUGGAUCGAUAACCGGGAACACUAAUACCUUGGCUGGAAAUGUACCUCCUAAGGCCAACCUUGGAGACCUUAGGGGACUUUCUGGAGGACUGACCGGCCUAAACAGCUCGGCCAUGAUCGAUGGUGGUGAGUUCGAUGGUGCCAAGGCUUACAAGGACAGCAAAGUGUGCAACAUGCUUACUAUGCAAGAGUUCCACAGGCGGUACCAUGAAGAAACUGGCAUCACAUUUGCUUCCCUCUACCCGGGAUGCAUUGCUACAACUGGUUUGUUCAGAGAGCACAUUCCCUUGUUCAGAUGGCUCUUCCCUCCAUUCCAAAAGUACAUCACCAAGGGCUAUGUUUCAGAAGAAGAAUCAGGAAAAAGACUGGCUCAGGUUGUGAGUGACCCGAGCUUGACGAAGUCGGGCGUGUAUUGGAGCUGGAACAAGAACUCAGCUUCAUUUGAGAACCAGUUGUCUCAGGAAGCAAGUGAUGGAGAGAAGGCUCGCAGAGUGUGGGAGCUCAGUGAGAAGCUUGUUGGAUUGGCUUAAAAUCUGAAGUCCGAAGUUUCUUCUGUGAUGGUCUUUGGUUUACUACGGAAUCUGUGAUGUUGUGUUGUGUAAACAAAUUUUCUGCUGUAAAACUUGAGUUUAGUCGUUAAUAAAAGGCCUCAGUUCUUGCAAAGUUUCCA